AUGGCACAAAUUGAGAAUAAGACCCCACAAACUGAGAAUAAGAUCCCACAAACUGGGAAUAAGAUCCCACAAACUGGGAAUAAGAUCCCACAAACUGGGAGUAAGAUGGCACAAAUUGAGAAUAAGACCCCACAAACUGAGAAUAAGAUCCCACAAACUGGGAAUAAGAUCCCACAAACUGGGAAUAAGAUCCCACAAACUGGGAAUAAGAUCCCACAAACUGAGAAUAAGAUCCCACAAACUGAGAAUAAGAUCCCACAAACUGGGAAUAAGAUCCCACAAACUGGGAGUAAGAUCCCACAAACUGGGAAUAAGAUCCCACAAACUGGGAAUAAGAUCCCACAAACUGGGAAUAAGAUCCCACAAACUGAGAAUAAGAUCCCACAAACUGGGAGUAAGAUCCCACAAACUGGGAAUAAGAUCCCACAAACUGGGAAUAAGAUCUCACAAACUGGGAAUAAGAUCCCACAAACUGGGAAUAAGAUCCCACAAACUGGGGGACCCACAAACUGGGGAUAA